GGACGGUUGCUAGGGCUCCGGUGAGAACUGCCCCGGAGCUUUGCGGGUGCCUAGGGUGCUGCUCAGGGGCGCUAAGAGAAGUCAGAGCUUUCCUCUGUACUCUGUUUGAGGUCCCCUAUCCGUUUGCCAUCAUGAGUAGCGAAUUCCUGGCGGAGCUGCAUUGGGAGAAUGGGUUUGCCAUCCCUGUGGCGAACCAGGAGAACAAGAUGCUUGAAGAUCAGCUGUCAAAGCUGCAGGAUGAAAGAUCAAGCUUGAAAGAUCAGCUACGUGACUAUGAAGAUCGAAUUAAUGCUAUGACUUCUCACUUCAAAAAUGUUAAGCAAGAGUUCUCAUUUACCCAGUCUCUCUGCAAAGCCAGGGAGCAUGAGAUUGAAAGCGAAGAACAUUUUAAGAUCAUUGCUGAAAGAGAACUGGGGCGAGUGAAGGAUGAGAUCCAACGGCUGGAAGAUGAGAUGGUUUCAAUACGGGAAAAGAAAAGUGAUAAGGAAAAUAACAUAUUUAAAACUACUCAAAAAUUGGAUGGUUUGAAACGUCAAAUGAACUGGGACCAGCAAGCAUUGGAGGCCUGGUUAGAAGAAUCAGCUCAUAAAGAUAGUGAUGCCCUCACUCUUCAGAAGUAUGCACGACAGGAUGAUAAUAAAAUUAGGGCGCUGACUCUGCAAUUAGAAAGACUGACUUUGGAAUGUAAUCAGAGAAGAAAGGUACUUGACAACGAACUUACAGAAACUCUAAGUGUGCAGUUAGAAUUGGAUAAAGCAGCACAAGAUUUUCGUAAGAUUCAUAAUGAAAGACAAGAACUCAUUAAACAGUGGGAGAACACAAUAGAACAGAUGCAGAAGAGGGAUCAAGACAUCGAUGAGUGUGCCUUGGCAUUGGCAAGGAUAAAGCAGGAAGCAAGAGAAAAAGAAAGCUUGGUUAAGGAAAAGAUCAAGUUUUUGGAAAGUGAGAUUGGAAAUAACGCAGAGUAUGAGAAAAAAAUUUCUAUUGCUGAGCGUAAAGUUUUAAAAUGUAGAAUGGAAUAUCAGCAUCAUGAAACUAAUAGAACUGAGCUGAAGGAUGAGCUGGAUUCUUUAAAAGCCACUGUUAAUAGAAGUUCCAGUGAUUUAGAGGCUCUGAGGAAAAAUAUUUCCAAAAUAAAGAAGGAUAUUCUUGAAGAAACAACAAGGUUACACAAAAUUAAAAAUCAUAAUCAGAUUGCAAAAGAUAAAUUAAAGCAUAUAACUGAGAAAACUCUGUCUAUAGAAGAGAAAGCUACCAAUUUGGAAGAUAUGCUAAAGGAGGAGGAAAGAGGUAUAAAGGAAGUGGAAGUUCAGUUAAACAUAGUGAAAGAUGUGCUGUUUAAGAAAGUUCAGGAAUUACAGGCUGAGACAACGAAAGAAAAAGCAGUUGUAUCAGAAAUUGAAGGAACCCGUUCCUCUCUGAAGCACCUCAACCAUCAGUUACAUAAACUGGACUUUGAAACCUUGAAGCAGCAAGAAAUUAUGUACAGUCAGGAUUUUUACAUUCAACAAGUAGAACGCCGAAUGUCGCGGUUGAAGGGAGAAAUUAAUUCAGAAGAAAAACAAGCCCUUGAAGCAAAAGUGGUUGAACUUAAAAAGACAUUCGAAGACAAAAAAUCUACAGUUGGCCUUUUGGAAACACAGAUCAAGAAGCUUCAUAAUGAUCUUUACUUUAUGAAGAAGUCAAAUAGUAAAAAUCUUGAUGAAAAACAGCUCCUCAUGACCAAAAUAAAUGAACUAAACCUUUUCAAUGACAGAUCAGAGAAAGAACUUAAUGAAGCCAAAGCUUUGAAACAGGAUUUGAUGAUUGAAGACAAUCUUUUAAAACUUGAAGUUAAACGUACUCGAGAAAUGCUUCACAGUAAGGCAGAAGAAGUUCUUUCUCUGGAGAAAAGAAAGCAGCAGAUACACACAGCUAUGGAAGAACGAACUGAAGAAAUUAAGGUUCACAAAACAAUGCUUGCAUCACAAAUAAGAUAUGUUGAUCAAGAACGGCAAAACAUAAGUGCUGAGUUUCAUGAGCGGCUAAGUAAAAUUGAUAAGCUGAAGAAUAGAUAUGAAAUUCUUACUGUUGUUAUGCUGCCUCCUGAAGGAGAAGAGGAGAAAACACAGGCCUAUUAUGUAAUAAAGGCUGCUCAAGAAAAGGAAGAACUUCAAAGGGAAGGUGACAGUUUGGAUGCUAAGAUCAACAAAGCUGAAAAAGAAAUCUAUGCUCUAGAAAACACCUUGCAAGUGCUCAACAGUUGCAACAACAAUUACAAACAAUCCUUUAAAAAAGUGACUCCAUCUAGUGAUGAAUAUGAGCUAAAAAUCCACCUGGAAGAACAAAAAAGAGCUGCUGAUGAAAAAUACAGAUACAAACAAAGACAAAUCAGAGAACUACAGGAAGACAUCCAGAGCAUGGAAAAUACUUUAGAAGUUAUAGAACAUUUAACAAAUAACAUCAAAGAAAAAUUAUCAGAGAAGCAGGCUUAUUCAUUUCAACUAAGGAGAGAAACUGAGGAGCAGAAGCCAAAAUUAGAGAGAGUAACUAAACAGUGUGCAAAACUCACCAAGGAAAUACGUCGUUUCAAAGACACAAAGGAUGAAACACUGGAAGAACAAGACAUCAAUCUUCGUGAAGUGAAACAGUUUCACAAGAUCAUUGAUGAAAUGUUAGUUGAUGUCACAGAACAAAAUGCUGAGAUCCGUAUUAUCCUUCAAACAUACUUUCAACAGAAUGGUUUAGAGCUGCCUGCAGCGAGUACUAAAGGCAGUCGUCAGAGUUCCAGGUCUCCUUCACAGACUUCACUGUUAUCAGCAAGGUCAUCUAGGAGUACAAGUACUUCUGCUUCUCAGGCUUCAAUUAAAGUAUUAGAGCUGAACUUCCCAACCUCCACUUCACCGAUGGGCAGCUCUGCUAGGCCAACUAGUGCCAGCAGUAGCUCCAGUAAUGGGAAAAGCAAAACGAGCAGCAAAUAAACAUUUUAAUCUUUCUUUUGAACAAGGUGUAAACACAAAGACAAAAAUCUCACACUUUUAAAAUAGUAAAUCCCACUCUGUGCUUUUGGGUACUGUAUAAUGAUACAGAGGCUGAAAUUGUGUUAGAAAUAUACAAUGACCAGACAAAAGUUUUAUCCAGUGGAAAAUGUAAAAGCUGAUAGUUUAAAAAAAAGUCAAGCAAUUUCGGUCCUUUGCUAAAGAAAGGUUUAAUUUUUUUAGUGUCUUUCCUGUUUUCUUUACAUAGAAGGAAAGCAGUAAUACCAGAUUCUUAAGGCUACAUGUUAUACAAGUACAGGGAAAAUGCUUUCACUGUUAUUUUGAUGGCUGUUACAUUGAAAAAUAGUUUGCUUCAUUAUUUCAUGCUAGCCAUGACACUACAUCCAUUUCUAAUAUAACAGAAUCUUUCAAGAAAUUUCUAAAGAUUCAUCAUACUAUAAAGAGUUUCUAACACUACUAAAACUCUCAUUUACCUUAGAAGAUCCCGACAUUAGGUUUUCUUUAUUCAAAGAAACCUAUUUCCCAGAGUUUUGGGGGGAGAAAUCUAUUAGUUUCUUCUUUUGGUAUAAUUAAAAUUUUUAACCAAAAAAUAGCAUUACCUACCCUCCCCACCAAGAAAACUGAUAGGAGAGAAACACUGUAUAUCCAUAAAAAUGCAGCUUAAAUUUCUAGGAAUUACUUCACUCUGAUCUUGAAAGAAGCCACAUAAAGAUUUUGCUCUCAAGAUGGACAACCAAGCAUAAAGAAUGUCUUUUUAAGAUUUUCUUAUUUAAUAAUUUAAAGAAAGCUACGUGUGAUUUGAUUUGCAAUAGGAAUUCUAGAAAUAUACAGUGUAAGUAAACUACCAGAUUUAAAUUAGUUAUCUCAGUUAAACUUUAUUGUAACAUGUGCCCAACACUUAAACUCUUGGAAUAGAGUGUGGAGUACGAUUAUGUUAUAAAACUGGUUUUCAAAUAAAGGUAUUAGAAUCUAUGUA